AUGUACAAAUGUCUUUGCAUCUAUUCAGUUGUUGCUGACCAACGCUUACUAUUGCGUCCAAGUAGCUCUCUCCUUACACGACAGCCUAGGGCUGGACAAGGUUCUUCCUACAGCAGGCCAAUCUGUACAACUGUGUUGACUGCGACAUCAUUUACUAACAAAGUUACGUCUUGGCCUGCAUUGGCUACAACAUCUAGUCUUUCUAGGCCUGCUUUCUCGCGUCAUCCUCUCCCUUCGAUCUCAAGACCUGAAUCUAAUCGACAAGUGCUUGAGGCAACGGCAUCAGAGCUGCCGCCACACCAACGAGCUUCUUUUCUCAUCCAAGAGACACACGGUCAUCAGCAGAAAUUUACACCGUUUUCUCACCAAUCCGCUGCUGCUAAGUCUGCCUAUAUGCCCACAUCCCUUAAGGUUUGCCUAAAUAGUUGUGGUUUAUACUAUUGCAUGUAA